CCUAACCAAAUGCCCUUGGAAUACCUGUAGAUACAGAAACCUGUGCACAACGGGAGAUUUUGCAAAUGGUCUCUGAGAGCACCUGCUGCCCUAAGCCAGAUGAUGCUAAGGAGAUCUGAGGAGAGACAGCUUGGGAACUCACAGCCUUGAGGUCCACGAUGGAAGAAAGAUAAGAUAGAGAAAUACUAGGUAACAAUUAAGUAGAAUAAUCCUGCUGAAGUUAUUUCCUCUUCCUUUAAUGUGUGUUCAGAUUCCUGAAGUGGAACCACUCCAAGAGCAACCUCAGCUGAAAGGCAGCAUCAGAUCCAAUUGCAAAUCGCUGCCCCUACCAAAUUUCAAGGUGAGUUUAAAGCAGCCUGGGUCACCAAAUAGGCAGCAGAUUAACUAAGACAGAGCCAAAACCACCCCUCUUCCCUUUUCCAAAAAUAUAACCCCUUGCAAAAAUGGUAACUGCUUUUCUGCUCCUUUGGGGGAUUGAGCAGAUCAAUUUAUCUCACUUGGGGUGGGUGUGUUGCCACUUAACUUAUUGAGGGCUUAUCCACACUUCAUUUUGUUCCACUGUUUCCCUCCCCCCACCCAAAGGUGGGGGAAACUGCUCUCUAGCAGUCAAUCGGAGUGGCAAUAUGGGGUUUUACCCAGGUUGAUGUUUACCCUGGUUUAGAGCCAGAGCUAAAGAGUGGGUCUUCCCUUGGAAAGGAACCGGGCAAGGGGGACGACCGCUCAGAAGCAUGCCUAGAAAGAGCAGUUCAAGUGGGAAACUGCUCAGACUCAUGCUUUCUAGGCAGAGGAUAAGCAAAAGUGUGGACGGGCCCCUAGUCUCUUGUCCGUAAGUUCAGCAGAUGGAAAGCUGUAGAUUAGGGAGUCUCAUGUGUGGCUUCACUUCCCAGAAUGCCUUGGGAAUGAUGGGAUGAGAUGGCAGCGCUUCCUAAGCCUUCCAGGAACUGUACCCCGUGGGAAGCAGCAAAGAGUGUCUUUUGCUGCUGUUACCAGCUAUGGACAUAUUUUUUUUUAAGUUGAAACAAGCAAGCAAAAAAUGGGAGAUCAUGGACUACCUUGGUGUUUUGUUUUUUGUUUUGGUUAAAUAAUUUUUAUUUACUUUUACAUUUAUAUCAUAGUAAUGUUCAAUAACAUAACGUACAUUUUCUAAUUCCCCCCCCCACGACUUCCUCUUCUGUUUUUUUUAACAUAUAAAUUUCCUUGCUUAUUUUGUUAACUCUUGAAAUUAAACUUAACUUACAUGUUAUUAUCCUCUUACCAUUCUAACAUUAGUUUCUAUUUUCUAUAUCUAUAUUUAUUUUGUCCAUUGUAAGUGUUUACUCAAACCUUCCUAGUGAGUCCAGUUCUUUACAUUGUUUCUGUAAAUACAGCAUGAAUGGUUCCCAUUCUUUUUUAAAGUCUCUAUUGUCUUUGUCUCUUAAUCCUUUGGUUAGCUUUGCCAUUUCCACAUAUUCCACCAGCUUUUCUUGCCAUUGUUCUUUAGCUGGUACAGUGGUGCCCCGCAAGACGAUUGCCUCGCAAGAAGAAAAACUCGCUAGACGAAAGGGUUUUGCGUUUUUUGAGUCGUUCCGCAAGAUGAAUUUCCCUAUGGGCUUGCUUCGCAAGACGAAAUGUCUUGUGAGUUCUUGCGAGUUUGUUUCCUUUUUCUUAAAGCCGCUAAGCCGUUAAUAGCUGCUAAGCCGCUAAGCCGCUAAUAGCCGUGCUUCGCAAGACGAAAAAACCGCAAGACGAAGAGACUCGCGGAACGGAUUAAUUUCGUCUUGCAAGGCACCACUGUAUUUCAUCGCUUUUCCAUCUUUGGGCCAGUAAUAUUCUAGCCGCUGUUGUCGCAUACGUGAAAAGUCUCUUCUGAUCAUGGACUACCUUGUAAAGCUAAGGAAGGUAAGUGAACAUUUCAGAAAAAUCCCCUCUCCUGAUUUUUCAGGAGAGUUUGAUUUCUCCCCAAUCACCUAAUGAAUAGUUGAAAACGUUGGUCUUGGAAUUUUCAGCACAGCUCUAGUAUUAACUAUACUCAUCAGAGCAGAGCUUCCGCCAUGUCAGGUCCCGUGGUUAAACUAUUAUUGCUGGAUAGCAAAAGUCACCUUUCCUGGCCACGGAAAUGAUUUCAAGUCCCCUCUCCUCAGUAUGCCUUUGCUUCCCCCACACCUCCUCCUCCUUGCUGAAGUGAGCAUCUCAUUCUCAGCAGCUAAUGAAGAAGAAAAAUGCCUUGAUAGGAAAAUAGUGGAGAGAGAGAGAUUGGCAGGCAGAAUCUUGAGUAGAGAUGUAAUUGACCUGGAAUUGAAAAGGAUGAGCACUGUCUAGGCAAGGAAAUGGGGUGGAGGGAGGCAGAUGUGGCUGGUUUGAAAAUUAUGAAUCUACAGAAGGCAACAGGGCUGCUCUGAAACUUUUUUCCCGAAUCAGCCAGGGACAAACAAUAUUGAAGAGGUAUUACGUGACUCUGCAAAGAGAUUGGCCACUCUCCCCCCCCCCCAAAAAAAACCAAUGUCUUUGUGCCUUGGCAGGUGCAUGACAGGCAGGAAUUCAACAGGCAGCACACCCAUCACUGCAGCUGGGAAAUCAAUGCCUGGGAAAGCAUUGCCUGUUGAAUUUCAGCCUGUCACAGAGCUUUUAAAAAUAACAGAUCUUCCAUCUGUGUUGGAGAGGGCCAGUUCUAAUCAAUCUGGCUGGUGUGUGUGUGUGUGUGUUUUGGAGGAUAUUGGGUGUCUGGUGUUUUUCCUAUAACAGGAAAUAGAAAAAGGUGGGGUGGAGGGUGGGGGGAAGGAACCAUUUACCUCCCAACAUCUAUAAGUGGCAGAUUUUGUUUAUUGUAAGUUAGUUAUCACCCUACUUCCUUUUGCUAUCUGAAAAAGGCACUUAUAUUGACGCUUUCCCAGCAUGCAAAUGUAUUUAAAAGUAAUCAGUUGGUGAAAAAGACAAAUUAGUUGACUGAAAUUCUUCUUAGUUGUCUGGAAACCCGGAACAUAUGAAAGGCAGGUGAACAUCCUGUGGUCCGUAUGCUGGCAGGAACCCCUCGCUUCAAUAAGUAGGAGGGUGCAGGGAUGGUUAGGAGGGGAGCCUUUGACUGCAAAGAAGCGGAGGUGUUUUGAAACAGCAGUUUGAGACAGUCUGCUGCGGCUCCAUCCCUGGUGCACGACCAAGGACGCCUUUCAAGCUGAUCCACCUGACACCAUGUCAAGCAAUGCAAUAGGCAGGAGAGACAGAUGAAAGCUGAGGAAGAUGUGGGUUGACAGGAUGCAAUCGACAAUUAUUAAGCCCCGCUGGAAGAUUCCGGGGGGAAACAGGCACAAGGUUGCUGAGAGCUGAGGAACCCGCUUACCUGUCUCAUCUUUCUGUAAAACGGCACAUUUGUACAGUCCCCGCCGCUUUUCGCUCUGCAGCCCAGUUGGUUAUAUCAAUUGUGCCAGAAAUGUAGUAAAUGCUUCAGCUGAAAGGCAGCAUUCUUUUCUGCGGAACCUUCCAGGGACUUCAUGGGCAGGGGCCUAAGGCAACAGUAAGCUGCGCAAUGGAUGCUAUGCUUACUUUUCUACUCUUCUAGUUACAUAAAAGGUAGAAGUUUCUGUACACACACACACACACAACCCCCCCCCCCGCUACCUCCAGCCAUGCAAGCAAGAGAUAUUGCCACGGUUCAAGGGCACAUUCCAGCCAGGCAAAAUCACUUGAGGAAUGGGCAAAAAGCAGGGCCUGUCAAAGGAGUGGCCUGAGGAUGAUGGGAUGCAGAGAGGUUGAGGGAACAUUCUUUCACAUGUGGUAGACUUGUAAAAGGGUAAAAGAGUAUUGGGAAAUAAUCCAUAGUGAAUUGAAAAAAAUGUUUAAAAGUACCUCCCCCCCCAAAAAAAACCAGAGUCCUAUUUGUUGAGGAUAAUUCAGACUGAAAUUCCCAGGUGUCAAAAAAGGUUAUUUAUGUAUGCCACUACUGUGGCCCGUGUUUUGUUAGCCCCAAAAUGGGAAACGAGUGAGAAAAAGAAAAUGAUUCUGGGAAUUCCCUGAGCAUCUUUUACUAGUGAAAGACCACCUGCCCACUGUGACUUUUUGAAUUGCAGGAUUCCCUGGCUGCAGAGAUCAAGAGCACAAUGAGAAAGAGCGUGGACACCUCUGGUUCCUCAGAGUGCAAGUAAGUGGGGAGGGCACAAGAUACCUGGUGUGUGUGUGUUCGUGUGUGUAAGCUAGACCCAUAAAAAUGAGUGGCGAGAGCAAGAAGCUCUCAGAGGAUGGCGUCAUGAAUGCAGCACAAUCCCUGAGGCCAACCAGGGGAAGAAGGAGGAGCCUUUGGAUCAGGAGGUGAAAUUCAGAAUGAUGGCAGGGGGAGCGGCCCGUGUUUUGUUAGCCCAAAAAUUAGAAAACGAGUGAGGUCCCAACUAAAGAAGAAUGACAACUUAAGCUGAUGGAAUAUGCACAGUUUGCAGACUUAACAUAUAGAAUAAGAGAACAAGAAGAGGCCAGGGAUUGAAUCUGGGACCUUCUGCAUGCAAAACAGAUGUUCUCUUCCUGAGCUGCGGCCACCCCUCCCUUGAGUGGGGCCCAAGAAGAGGUUUGCAUCACAGUCCCCUGCUAAAACUGAGUCGUCCUUCCCCCCCAUCCCCUCAUCGUUUUACCUGCGCAGGACCUGUUGCUCAAACAAUGCCUCCAUCGUAACGGGGGUUCCAUGCAAACUCCUUCCUGAAACAGAAAGGGAUGAACAUUGACAUCUCUUACUAAAAUGGAUUUCUGUCCAUUCUUUUAGCAGGGGAUUCAGUGGAAGCCUGCAUGGAAACCCCUGCCGAAAAAUUGGGAGAAAAGUCUUUCACGGCGACUCUGAUGCACACCCCUCCCUGAACCAGUUUGAAUCCUGCUCGGUUUGAUUGCAGGCUCCUGUUCCUCCCACCCCUCCUGUUCAUACUGCCCACCUCACACCAACAAGACCAUUUCGGCCUCAGCCGUUGAAGGCAAGGAGGAGGCAGGUGGUGAUGAUAGAGAAAAACAGCUAGGGAGCUGCAAAGCCUGUCCUUACAGUUCCUCCAUCACUUGGGCCUCUGUCUCUGCCUGCGUCUCCCUCCACUCUCUCCCCUCUCAUCAGUGUGCAAUGUGGCUGCAAUGGCGAAGCAGCGCUAGGAAAUCUGUGGCGAUACUGUGGUGGUAAAGUGAACUGCAGUGUGACAACAGUCUUACAGGGCCUCUCCUCCUCCCAGAGGGGAGGGGUUGUGAGUGGGAACAGCUUCCCACUGGGGCAGGGAGGCGUGCUUGCCUGGAAUAUGUGUGCUGUGUUGGAGGAUUGGGUAUGCACCAUCAUCUACCCCUCCUCUUUUGGGUCUUCCGUUAAAGGAAUCCGGCGGUCGUGGAUCCUGUCCGAUGCCCUGCUGGUGGCAAGGGCCAUGGCACGACCCCUGGUGACGUCAUGGGGGAGCUUCCAGUUGUAUUUGCAUCAACAAGCUCCUCCCAUUGGUUGUUAACCCUGAUAUGACUCCUGGCUGUGCGGGGUGGAGUCUGGUAUUGCUGUUUCAUCCAACGCCUAAGCCAAUACUACUCACAUGCUGUAACCAAUAAAAGUUGUGGCCUAAUUUUGCCCAUUAACCUGAAAUAAUGUGUCUUUGUGUCUUACUGUACUCCUAUGCAGGGACGUGGGUGGCACUGUGGGUUAAACCACAGAGCCUAGGACUUGCUGAUCAGAAGGUCGGCGGUUUGAAUCCCUGCGAUGGGGUGAGCUCCCGUUGCUUGGUCCCUGCUCCUGCCAACCUAGCAGUUCGAAAGCACGUCAAAGUACAAGUAGAUAAAUAGGUACCAUUCUGGCGGGAAGGUAAACGACGUUUCAGUGCGCUGCUCUGGUUCUCCAGAAGCGGCUUUGUCAUGCUGGCUACAUGAUCCGGAAGCUGUAUGCUGGCUCUCUCGGCCAGUAAAGUGAGAUGAGCGCUGCAACCCCAGAGUCGGUCACGACUGGACCAAAUGGUCAGGGGUCCCUUUACCUUUACCUUUAUACUCCUAUGCGGGUGGCGGGUCCUCGACUCACAGAGAGAGGGAGAGAGAGAGAGAGAGAGAGAGAGAGAGAGAAUCAUUUCCUAUGAGAACUCUCUAAACCAUUUACUAGAUUUAGAUUUUUGCGCGCGCACACACACACACACACACACACACACACACAGAAGCUUUCUGGUAAGCCUGUCUCCAUGCAUACCAUUUCAGCUGCUCAUUGCUGGGGGAGGUCUGAUGGGCAAGAGGGUGACCUCCAAGAGAAGACUGCCCUGGUGCGAUUGCCUGCGUUUCCUCUUGGCAUCGCAUGCUAUGCUGCUUCCGAGGUUCCAGUGAUACCCUCUGGAGCUGCAAAUCAGCAAAAGAGUUGACUUCAGCUUCUGUCCCACAAGAUUUAGUGCAGGAGAGUCACUCUAUAUUUGUAGGAACAAUAACCGUGAUAUUUAUAGGACAAGCCCAGCCAAAAUGCUUUGGUUUCUCUUUUUUUCUCUCCCUCCCCUUGCUUGGCAGAACUGGAGAAUCUCAUCUCUUUCCUCAUUCCCACGAUUCCACCAUCAGCUGCUGCAGCUGGCAAAAUUUACAACUCCUGAGGAAGUGCAAGCAGCAAGGGGAAGAUGAACGGUGUCUUACCUGCCAAGCAAGCUAGCCAAAGGGCUCCAUGAUUGACUGCCACAGUCGGCUGCCUCUUCCGACUUUGCUCCUUUUCUCAACAGCAUCCACAAGUAAUGCUCCAUCCUAAACAUCUGCUGUUGAGCAGCGGGAAUCAAAGGCACCCGGCCAACAUUCUGUGCUUCUGAUCAUGUGCAGAGUGCAUUUCCCUCAUUGCUCAGGAAUCACAGCUUUUAAUCUAUUUUAUUAUUUAGUAACAAUCUAUUCUUUUGUUUAUUAAAAAUCAAUGUCCCGAGUGUUUUUCAGAAGAAAUUCACGGCGGCUAACAUCAAAGCCAACAGUCAUAAAACAAUCCAUAUUUCAAGCAAAUUGCAUGUUGAAACAGUAACUCAAAAACCAUUUUUGUGAUGAUAAUUGCAAUUUAAGAGUCCCAGCUAGAGCCAACGCUGAGAGACUUUGUGAGCUCCUUGUGGGAUCAGCUCAGAUCUCCAUAGCCCAAUCUGCCCAGAUCAUGUCUCCAUAUUUCUGGAGCUCCACAUAUUUUUUUUGCCUCAGACGUUUCAGGCAGGUGGUUGCUAGCAAAUUGUCAGUCAGAGGAAGGGCUCCUCCGGCUGCAUAAUCCCGAGACUGCUUUGCCUGGGUUAAUUAAAACUAAAUAUAGACCCUGCCGGCUGGGCAAAUUGCAAGGGGAGUUUCAAAGUGUCUGAGUAUUUCUUCCACCUACUUUCACCUGGAGCAGAGCUCUUUGGGAUGCCGUUCAAAAGUGUGAGGGGAGAGAGAGGAAGCAGGGAGAGAUUAUUCUGGGAUGCCUCUGCUCUAAAGCAGGGUGGAGGAGAGGAGGGCGGAUGCAGAGCCCUGUAGGAAUGAAAUUAUGUUGGGUGGAGAGAACCUCUUGCUGCCUUCUUUGGCUAGUCUUUGGCCGGGCAAAAUCCAGUCCCUUGAGGAAUGAGGACUGGCUGGCCUACUGAGGGCAAGGCCUUUCCAGCAAUUGCAAUUCCCCCAAGUUUUAGCCCUUUUAGCCCUUAAGAAGGAGGCAAAAUCCAUGGCUGAUUUACUUGCUUGCUUUAGAUUUAGAUUUGCUCACUCUGCUGUUUUGUAUAAGCUUGACUUUGAUUCAGUUUUAAUUAGCACUGUUAUUUCAUUGUGAUAUAUAUUUAUCUAAUCUUUUAGGACAAUUUUAUUGCCUCGUGGACCCAGUUUGGGAUACAAAAGCAUGAUAGGAAUGUAUUUCAGAUUAAUUGGCCAAUAUUGGUGUGCUGUUCUUAUCAUCAGGUCGUAGAUAGCUAUGCAUCUGAUUACUGCAUUUUUAGGCAGAGAACGUGCCUCCCUCCAUCAAUUGCUUAUUGGAGAAGCCUCUUCAGUCUUAUUUAUGACUAUCAACCUAGAAUUGUUUUUAAUGUGUGAGGUUUUUUUAAUGCUGAGUGUUUUAUGGUGUUUUUAUAUAUGCUGGAAGCCGUCCAGAGUGGCUGGGGCAGCCCAAUCAGACGGACAGCGUAUUAUUAUUAUUAUUAUUAUUAUUAUUAUUAUUAUUAUUAUGUUUUGAGUCUCUUUGAGGUAUGCAGCGAUUUUUGUAGUUAAUAUCUUUUAAACAAGUUCCUAAUCUCUUCUUUCUUGCAUUUCAAGUCUUUCUUUAAUAAAAAAAUAUUUUUAGAAAAUGUCUAGCGCUAGAAAGUAGCAAAAGGCCAUCUAUUCGAAAGGACUACUUGUCCGAAGUGUGAGAAAUGGGGGUGAGCACCCACCCUUAGCCCCACACAACCUUCAGAAACUGGGCAACAGUGUGUCUUGCCAGCACCCAGUGAUCAGUAAUCUCUGGGCUGGUUGCAGUCAUUCAGCAGUGCCGGAAGAAUCAUUCUGUACCUGUUCAGGAGUAGUCAAUAUGAUGAAGUGGACCCUAGUCCACGAAAGCUUGUGCUAUAAUAAAUCCAUCUGUCUUUAAGUUUUCCCCAAGGCUCUUGCUUGUUUUUCCUGUGAAAUACUAACAGUGCUGCUCCUCUGGAAAUAUCACAAGUUUCAGGGCUAAAACUGGCAUUAUAAACAAACAGAUUCUGGACCUGAACACCUGAGUAAAUAGAAUCCAUUCCUUCAUCAAAGUUUUCACAGCAUGGUUAGAGUUUUCUAAGCUUGAUGCUGACCUAUCAGGGAUACUGUGGUUGAUUUUUAUUUUAUUUUAUUUUAUUUUAUUUUAUUUUAUUAUUUUAUUUUAUUUUAUUUUAUUUUAUUUUAUUUUAUUUUAUUUUAUUUUAUUUUAUUUUAUUGCAAGGGGGUUGGACUAGAUGAACUUCAGUGUUCUUUCUAACUGCACAAUUGUAAAAUCCUGCUUUUUGCCCUGUAGACUUUCUUGUGGCAUGAUCAGCUGUCCUGCCGCGUCCUGGAAAGCAUGCCUGCAGGUGCGGCACCACGGACAGCUCCGAGUGAGCAACUUGCUCCAGCAAACCCUGGGGCUGGAUGAAGGCCUUUUAUGCCUCUAGUUUGCCCCUCCCAGACUCCGCCCCUUUCUUGAUGAAUGGAGGGCCUUAAAGGGGCAGGCUCUCAGAAAACACCUUCCUAGUUUAUGGCCUGCAUUGACAGGCCUACUUGGAGGUGGUCCCUUGUGUAGAGGGGAUUGCUUCCUCAAGGGAUUCGUAUUCUGAGGGUCCAGGUUCUGAAGAUCCCAAUUUAGGGGUCCCUGGUGCAAGGACCACCAAACCACAAGGUUCUAGAGCGUAGGCCCAGUUGUGAUGAUGAGCCCAUGUUGGUUUCUAGCGCCUCUGCCUCCACUGCCCUUGGGCUGCUGGAUUUGGCUGGAUCAGUCAAGCCAAUCCAGUUUAUUGAAAUGAACUUGACAGCUAUUGAAUGCCCUCAGCUAGCCGGCCGACAGUUCAAGGAUCUGUUGGAGUUAGUGCUAUGAGCUGUCCAUCUUAUGCUCAGUUGGUACAGAUGUGCAAAUAAACCAUGUGUCACUCUGACAGCAUUCUCCUUUUAGAAAAAGGGGGGGUGAUCUCAAAGUUGCUCACUCUCUUUCAGUUGGCAUCUGGGUAUUAGCUACUGGCUCGGAUGGGGUUAAAGAGCGCUGGUUGCACCUCAUGCAGAAAUAGGCAGAGACUAUGCUUUGGGCAUCUUAUAUUUGUUUUGUAUUUUAUUUAUUCACUGGUUCAUUUGCACCAUUUUUAAUCCUGCUGAAAAGCUGGAAAACUCCCACAAAGCAGCUUGCAUGAGAUAACGAGCACAUAAUAAAAUCCCUGCUCUCAGGCUUACAGUCAAAAAGGUGUGGCACAAAAUGAACAAGGGAUGAAGAGGGAAGAGGAAGACAAGCAAACUCAAGCACUGGUUCUUAAAUGUACAAAACUAUUCUGAGCACCACCAGGGAUGGGAAACCGUUCAGGUACGUAAGGUAAAAAGGUAAAGGACCCCUGGAUGGUUAAGUCCAGUCAAAGGCGACUAUGGGGUUGUGGCACUCAUCUCGCUUCAGGCUGAGGGAACCGGCGUUUGUCCACAGACAGCUUUCCAGGUCACAUGGCCAGCAUGACUAAACCACUUCUGGUGCAACAGGACACCAAGACGGGAACCAGAGCACAUGGAAACGCUGUUUACCUUCCUGCCACAGCAGUACCUAUUUAUCUACUUGCACUGGCAUGCUUUUGAACUACUACGGACUGAACUACUGUUCAGGGAAGUUUUUAGUAUUUAACGCUGUACUGUUUUUAACACUUGAUUGGGAGCCGCCCAGAGUGGCUGGGGAAACUCAGCCAGAUGGGUGGGUAUAUAUAAUAAAUUAUUAUUAUUAUUAGGUUGGCAGGAGCUGGGUCAGAGCAACGGGAGCUCACCCCUUUGCAGCGAUUUAAACCGCCGACCUUCUGAUCGGGAAGCCCAAGAGGCUCAGUGGUUUAGACCACAGCGCCACCCGCAUCCCAGUUCAGGUAGAGGAGAAGCCAAAUGGAGCAGUUCUUUCAGCAGAACUUGACGGUGUGGUCCAGUGCUAUAGCCUGAAAGCAAUUUUUGGCUGCCAAAUGACAGUGACACACUACAGAACAAAUCAGAGACUGUGUGUGUGUCAACCCCAAGUUGCAUUUUAAGACUUCCACUCGUUCACACCAGAUGCUGCUCUGGAAACAAAAUCCCCUUUUAAAAAUGAGUUCCUAUAAGCAGAGGAAAGAACCCAGGACGCUAUUUAAGUAGCAUGACCAGGAGCUGAACAAUACGACACAGUGUAAAUUUUCAUUAUUCUGCUCUGUGUGCAGAAUUCAUUUGCAUCCCCUGCCUUGCUUGCUGCUGGCAGAGGAACAAAAGGACGGCUUGUAAAAGGAGGCCUCUGUGGCAGGUUUAGCAAAGCUUAAUUUAAUCCUUUGGUAAGUCAAGGUGGCCUAAGGCUUUGUGUGACAACAGCACAAUUAGGGGUGGGGGGAGUCAGAUGUCAACCCUGGAGUGGCAGGCAUGGAGAGAUCAGCCUGAAAAAGAUUUGCCUGGUCUGGGGCUUCCUCCUCCUCCGCCUUCUCUGCUGCCUCCUCACUGGAGAUCUGCGGCCAAGAGUUCCACUGCUCACAGAGGCAGAGAUGCAGGCCAAGGUGAUGGAUGGAAGCAUCCAUUCUCCUAGCCUGGCGAGGCAGGCUUUUCCUCUCAAGGGGAUGCCUGGGUAAUUAGCACUGAAUCCUAAGCACUUUUAAUUAAACACUAAAGUUCUCUGAGCCAUCUGCUUUCACCACAAAUUUGCUCACUAGUCAAGUCGCUGGUAGCAGGGGAGGGAUUUGUAGUCUUAUAUAUUUUUUCUUUAGACAGCGAAAUCGAGCUUUCUAAUUCUCUCCGUGUUGAAUUGCAGCCAGGAGGACUCGCCAGGUCUGGCUUAGACUUGAAUAUUCAAACGCUAGAGUUUGCUGCUAAAACAAAUGAACUCGAGAAGAGCAGAAAUGAGCAUGUGCAGAGUGUACCUUCCCUAUCAGGUCUGGAUUCACAACCAGACACUUAGACACUCUGGGUUUAGAGGCAAGAGAUACUGAGGUGGGGUUCCAGGCAGGCUGAACAACAGUAUUAUUGUGGAUCUGAGAUAUAUAUAUCUCAGUUGCUUUAGGCUAAAGAUGGCCUUACUUUUGCUCUGUGAACUGUCUUAAGUGUCUCUUUUCCAUAUAAUACCCCCCCAAAUUGUUGAAGGAUCAGCUUUCUGGGGGGGGGCGGGGUACCCACUAUGUGUGCGUAAAUUGCAAAUUGCUGCAAAAUGUGGACAGCUGAAUUAAAGUUUGGGAAAACGAGAGACAGAGAAAACCGAAAUGGACAGCUCCUUCCAUCUCUACUCACGAGUGUUUGAAUCCUCCUUCCUGUGGGAUCCACCUAAAGUGGGGGCAGGUGGGUGUAUGGAAGGCACAUGUCUAAUGUGACACCAUCAUGCAUGUUGCGAGUUUCCUUGCCCCCGGAACCAUUUCAUUGGCUGCCACUUGCAGAAGUGGGUGGGUGGGGCAAGUCUCAUCGCAGUGAUGUCAUGACAGCACCUCACUAGCCAUUAGGUGGGUGAGAAUGAGGAGAUAUGGGGCAAUGGCUUCCUGCAGUGACCGAGAAUAUGUAAACCCCUGAGGUGGCAGGGAUGGGGGCCAUAGCUGUCAACUUUUCCAUUUUCUUGCGAGGAAUCCUAUUCAGAAUAAGGGAAUUUCCCUUAAAAAAGGGAAAACGUUGACAGCUAUGAUGGGGGCCAUGAAGCCGUUUGUGCCUCGUCUACAUAUUGAACUAGCUCCCUUGACGCACAACAAAGAGAACGUGGCCUCUGUGCCUUCCCAGAUAUGAGAAUAUAGAGAUAAUCGUUGUUUGCUUUGUGUUGUCUUUAGUAUUCUAGCCCUUGCUCUCUCUUUCUCUUUCCCUCUCCGGGCUUCUGUUUUCUCUGCCUUGCCCUGGGAGCUGAUCUCUCCAACAAUGGGAAGCUGCCCUUGUCUGGCUCCACCAGACAGCAUUGUCACUGUGCUAACACCUUCCGGCGUGACCUUUGCAUUCUAUAUUUUUAUCAGGAUGCGUCUUCAUUAUCGUGGAAGACGAAAAUUGCUAUGGUAACUCCUCCAGUGAGCGAAAUUUCAGGCACACCCUCCAAGAACACCAGAGCCCUGGCGGAUCAGAUCGAGGAAGUCUUGUCUAGCCCAGAUUCCUGUUUCCAACUCAUGGCCGGUCAAAUGGGCUCUUCAGACAUUAGGUACGGUGGGGGGGGGGGGAGACAUCUGCCUGUUGAAUUUCUCCUCUUUUGCUUAUCAACGUUAGAGCAAAAUAAUUUGCUUUCCUGGAUCAGACAAAGGGCCGCUGUCUCAUGAACAAUUUGGGGGGAUUCCGAUUCCCAUCAGCUCCAGCCAACAUGGCCCAGUUGGUCAUGGAGGAUGGGAAUUGUAGUCCAGAAGCAUCUGGUGAGCCACAAGUUAGUCACCAUCAUUUUAAAGUUUGUUUGAUUUGAAAUAAACAAGGGCAGACCUUGGUGUGACAAAACGCAUCCUUCCGGCUGAAAGUAAGCAUCGUGCCUAUUCCAGCCCCCAAUACACCCACAUUUCUCUCUCUCUCUCUUCUGCCAUAGUUUCACAGCUGCACCUGCUUUGACAAUGCUCUAUUUUUAAUCCAUGCGCAACUUCAAAUGAUAAGCUGUGGAACAUGGGAGAUAGUACCAGUAAGCUUUGGCUCCAUUUCUGCCGGGAUAUUCUUACGAAUAUUAUGAAUAUUAUGCAAAUCAGCACAUUGACGUACUGUGCAUAUCAUGCAAAUAUUAUUCGCGUGCCGCCGACAUGACAUUUACGCAAACUGUUCUGACAUCUAAAUAGCAUUUGACUUUAAAUCACCUUAUGCUAAUGUAUAAGAUUAAAUGCUUACCUUGAAAAGUAUACAGUAUUGGUGUGUGUACCACACAAGCUUUAACAAAACAGAGAGAGGAAAGCAAACUUAAUAAUCUAUAAAGUUAAGUUUGCUAUGGUGCCAUUCACAUUCACCGCUAAUUUUACGGAUGCUACCAGUGGCGUAGCAUGGGGGGCACAGGGGCUGUUGCCCCGGGCGCAAAAUUGUUAGGGCCGCAAAAUUUCAGCACCCAAUGCUGCCUCAGUACAGCCUCAUGCUUCCAUCCGUGGACUCCGUUGAAACCGGCUUCUCCUUGUGAACCAGGAAGUGACCUCUUCACACAAUGGAAGGACUCUCCUCAUCUCUGUGGAUACAAUUUCCUGGGUGAUGCAGAUGCUGUUAGGCAGUCGAAUGCGCAUGCGUACUCCAUCUGUUUCACUCCCUCACAUCCACCCCCCUCUGUGCAGCCCCAGGCACUGGCAACCCACGCUACACCACUGGGUGCUGCGUGUCAAUUCUAGGAACAUGGGAGCAUACGAAGCUGAGUUAUACUGAGUCAGAUCAUUGGCCCACCUAGAUCAUUGUUGUCUAUUUCAGGCAGGAGUCUCUCCCAGACCUACCUGGAGAUGCCAAGGACUGAACCCAAUACCUUCUGCAUGCAAAACAGUUGGCCCACCACUAUGCUACAGCCAGCCUUCCCAUGCCAAUUGCAAAGCAAAGAGCACAUGGGCAGAGUCCUUCCCACCUGAUCAUCAUUUGGUUGGGUGAAUGGGUAGGAUGCAUCCAGCAGCCACACAGAUGAAUUUGCCCAUGUGGUUCCUGUAUUCAGAACUGCAGAGGAAGAUGCCACAGAGAAGUAACACCUCUGCUGCAAGUCAUAACUGGAAGUGAAUCCUUUGACUUGACAACAACAUUCUUGCAUGACUAUGAUUUCUUUUAUUUUGAUGGCAUUUUCACGGAAGAACUUCCUGGCGUGUUACAGAACCCUGCGGGUCUGGUCUGCCUGUCUCCUGGUCUGCAGCUCCUCAUAACUCCCUGAACCCACCUUGUCUCAUGGCAGGUUCCACCUCUGGG